AGUAUUUAAAUUUUAAUCUAUAUAACUAGGAGUUGAUCAUUUAGAAUUUAGAAUUUUUGAACUUGUUUGAUCUUCCGAGUAGAACCAUGAAAUACUUUACAGUCUUCGCCGUCCUUCUGAUUGUUCUAGCAUUUGCUGCUUCAAAAGACUGCCCCUCGAAAAAGAAAAGUAAGAAAGUAAAGCAGUACCGUACGAAAUGUCUGAACAAAGGAUUCAAGUCCUCCUUGGGCUGCGAAUCAGGAGCUGGAAAGCUGAAGAAGAAGUUAAAGAAGAAGUGUAGUAAACUGGAAGAAGACCUGAAGAAAUGCGACUACACCUGCUCAGAUAGUUCUACAGACGGGAGCUGGAGUAAGUUUGUCGAUUGGUCAGAAUGCUCAGCUGCAUGCGGAGGAGGAAGCCAGACGAGAUCCAGAACAUGCACCAACCCUGCUCCAGAGAAAGGAGGAGCUGACUGCGAAGGAGAGAGCUCUGAGACCCAAGAAUGCAACUCGGAGGAGUGCCCUACUCCAGUGGAUGGAGGGUGGAGUGAGUUUGGUGACUGGUCGAAGUGCUCAGCGGAGUGUAACGCAGGAACUCAGAAGAGAACAAGGAGCUGCACAAACCCGGCUCCUUCAAACGGGGGAGAGAAAUGCGAGGGGGAUGACGGGGAGUCUCAAACCUGCAACCUUCACCCGUGCGGAAAGGAGUGGUUUGAAGUUAGUUUUGGCGAGACCCCCACUGGAGACGUAUACUGGCACCGCUCGGAGCUCGCCUACAGGAUGGGAGACGACUUCCAGCCCACUAUUAGCAUGAGAUGGGGGAAUACUCCAGCCUACGAAGGGAUGAUCCUGCAAGGCAACCUGAUGUUCUUCUUGCUGGAUGGAACUUAUGUUGGAAUAACAAACUUGUUCCAGACUGCUACCGGCGGCGUUCAUGUGUCAUCUCUUCGAGGUAACGAAGAUUUCGUUAUCAAUGUUCCCGGAUGCGGUGAACAGAAAUUCACCAAAAGUCUUUACCAUAUUAACAUAGCGGACGGUCCAACACUGGCAGCAACUUGGAACAUUGCCAGGCACACCUCUGACUGUCCUGAUCUCUACGGAGGUAUGCAGUUCCCGACUAAGGAGGCUAACGUGGAGAAAUACUUCCUCCUUCACUACAAGAUCUCCAAAUGGGAUUCUGGGAAUUUAGUAAGGGAGAAGAGGGACGCUCGAACUAAAUCUGGAGCCUUUGAGAUGAGGGAGGAUGCAGGUGAUGUGAUGUUCAUUCCGGACUCUGUGGAAGUUGACAUUUCCUUCUCUGCCAGUGACUUGUCUGAUGACUUGGUAGUGGUCCAGAACUAGGAGAACGAGAGACUUUAACAUUGCUAACUUAGAAACUCUUCUAGAUCUGCAGAUUCUAUAAAUUUUUCUUCUUUCAGUCAGCAUUUAGAAACUUUUUCUUCUUUUAGUUUUAGAAAAUAUUUUAACGUACGAGCUCAUUUCAUAUUAAUUCUACUUUCAAUACCACAAUUCAUUUCAUCUAGUAUUUUUGUUAUAAUAUGAUCAAAUAAACAACUUUA